UGUAGUGGCGUUCCCUUCCUCCGCAUUCGUCCCUCCGUGCUGCCGCUGGAGUUAGCCACGAGCUGGAGGAAGGUCUCUCUGUCGUGACAACCCGCUCUCCGGAACUUUUCCGAGUCCAGGUCGUGCCUGAAAGACGGAGCGAGUAUUGUCUGUGUUUUCGAUGCAUGGGAGUGCCCUGGGAGCGGCGAAGGGAGAAGACAGCGCUGGUUGUCCUAACUGUUCAUCAGGAUGAGUGAGGCAGAGGGCCAGUUCUACAGCGUGCAGGUUGGAGACUCCACCUUCUCUGUACUCAAGCGCUACCAGCAGCUCCACGCCAUCGGCUCCGGCGCCCAGGGCAUCGUCUGCUCUGCCCUAGAUUCCGUCCUCGGUGUUCCGGUGGCAGUGAAAAAGCUGUGUCGACCCUUCCAGAACCAGACGCAUGCUAAACGUGCCUACAGGGAGCUGGUGCUGCUAAAAUGUGUCAAUCACAAAAAUAUCAUCCGCCUGAUCAAUGUGUUCACGCCUCAGAAGUCCCUGGAGGAAUUCCAGGACCUGUAUCUUGUGAUGGAGUUGAUGGAUGCGAGCCUCUGCCAGGUGAUCCACAUGGACCUGGACCAUGAGCGCAUGUCCUAUCUGCUCUACCAGAUCCUCUGUGGCAUCAGGCACCUGCACUCUGCUGGCAUCAUCCACAGGGACCUGAAGCCCAGUAACAUUGUGGUGAAGUCGGAUUGCACUUUAAAGAUCUUGGAUUUUGGCCUGGCUCGGACAGCCUGCACUAACUUCAUGAUGACCCCCUACGUGGUGACCAGAUACUACCGCGCGCCAGAGGUCAUACUGGGCAUGAAAUAUAAGGAGAAUGUGGACAUCUGGUCAGUGGGGUGCAUCAUGGGAGAGAUGGUAAAGGGCAGCGUCAUCUUCCAGGGCACUGACCACAUCGACCAGUGGAAUAAGGUGAUUGAGGUUCUGGGCACGCCCCCUUUGGAGUUUAUGAACCGACUGAUGGAGACGGUGAGAAACUAUGUGAUGAACAAGCCGCAGUAUCCUGGCGUCAGCUUUGCCGAGCUUUUCCCCGACUUGGCCUUUCCUUCUGACUCAGAACAUGACAAACUAAAGACAGGUCAAGCACGGGACCUGCUUUCCAAAAUGCUGGUCAUAGAUCCUGAAUGCCGCAUCUCCGUAGAAGAAGCCCUCAAUCACCCGUACAUUCACGUGUGGUACGACCCCGGAGAGGCGGACGCGCCUCCUCCCCAGAUCUCAGACAAACAGCUGGAAGAGAGAGAGCACUCCAUCGAGCAAUGGAAAGGACUCAUUUAUGAAGAGGUGAUUGAUUGGGAAGAGAGGAACCAGAAUGGACUGAUGAAAGAUGACUGUUCAGACGUGGCGUCAGGCUCAGCCUCCCAGUCGUCAUCAGCCAAUGACAUCUCGUCCAUGUCCACGGAGCACACCGUGACCUCGGACACAGACAGCAGCAGCAUCGACACGCUGACCGGGCCGCUGGACGACAGUCAGUGAACACGGUCCAUGGCCUCAUCUUUCUGCCUGCCUCGGUCCGCCACUCGUAUUUACAAUAUCCAAAUACCAAUACACCGUCAAUUUCCUUUCACUCCCCCCUCGUUUUUUCGUCCCUUUUUUCCGUCUUUCUUCUUCAACGUCGAUAAAUAGGUCUAUUUUUCUAUUUUCUUCCCGUUUAUGAUCCGCUAAUGAUUAUCCUUUCCAUACAACAUCAAACAUUUAUUUUGGACUGCUUCUCAGAGGUCAAAGCUGUGUAUGGGGUCACCGGUUUAUCUGUUUCUUCUUUGUGGAUGCUGUUUACCGUGAUCAAGUACGUAUGAUGUAUGCUUCCAUAUUCAUUUUCAGGUCACCAGGAACAGGUGGGGGAAUUGUUGAUGGUUGCGUAUGCCUUUGGUUUUCAUCGUUUUUUUCUGCACCGUCUUCUAAUUAUUUGCCUUGAGUGAUGUGGAUAAGGAGAUUUCCCUCCGACAGCUGGGGGAAGCUGUGGUUGCAGUGUUACGUUGUAUUUCCGAUUAUAAAGUACUGUGUGAUGACGUCAUGACCUGACACUUAUCGUGGCUGUUGAACUUGUCAUUAACUGAUGCACACGGUGUGCUGGUUCUGUUAUGAUCAACAUUUCUGCAUACUGCACCCCCAAUGGACACGAGGUACCGACUAACAAUGGGUCAGAACAAUAUCAUACUCCUUUAAAUUUGGGAGAGGCAAAAAGAUACAUGUAUUUAUUUGUGUUCUCUUGCUAAAUGUUGCACACGAUCACAUUGAGGCCCGUGUAAAUUCGCCUCUUGUCCAAGCGCCUUUUCUAAACCCUUCCAUGAGCCACAACAUUCACCAUGAAUCCGAAAUCAUGUAGAUAAAGGCCGUGAAACACACAGAAAGGUGUUCAGCUUGCAUGAAGGCAUUAAAGAUGCCAAUAAGAUACCGUAGUUCUCGUUAUAAAGAUAAAUCUGUUCAGGUCAGUUCUUUUACUCGCAGUCUCUCGAUGUUCUUGGUUCUGAGCGCCUGAUUGAUGCAGAUGUUGUAUUUUUUAUUGCCUUGUGAGCCUUUUUGUGUGUGUGUGUGUGUGUGUGUCUUGUCAAAAUGUACUGUGCGCCGCUCUCCUUCCUUAUCUCCUUUGACUCGUCCAUAAAGACGUCAGUCGCCCGGUCGUGAGGGCAAAGUCUCCUCAACUCGUGGUUUAAAGGGAGGAUGUGACUGUGAAGGGAAAUCUGGACCUUGGAACUCAAGACGGAAACAUGAAGAUGAGAGGAAUGGACUGUGGAGCUGCUUUUUGCAGGACGGUUUGCACAUCGAGAUGGACAUGCAGAAAGAUGACACGAUGGAGUCACUGAGGUUUUAAAUGUUGCACACGAUGCUUUUUCCUUUUUCGAAACGUGACCUUAUUCUUUCACCGAGCUGUGGAGGGGCAACGCCUCUCACACGUCGUAUCAGACGAGGUUUGAGCAUCAGUGCUUCAGACCUCUCUACCAUGUUUACUGGGUCAAAAAGGAAAAGCUCCAUUGUAUACAAUGCAUCUCACAUUUUAGUUCAGUUUAUUCCUCCUUUUAUUUUCAGAGAUGGCCAACAUCUUUUGCCCUUACGUAACUAAUAAAGUGGACAUCGGUGAUA